AUGCAAAACUCUGAAUUUACAGACAAGAAAUUGAGUUUGUUUUUUUCCCAUCUUGACGUUAAUAAUUCUGGCACAAUUACCACCACUGAAUUACAACGUGUACUGUUGAACGGUGAUUGGACACCUUUCAAUUUAGACACUAUUCAACUGUUGUUCGAUUUAUUUGACCAAGAUCGUAAUGGUUAUAUUCAUUAUCAAGAAUUUGUCGGUCUAUGGCGAUAUAUCGAAGAUUGGAAGAAGAUUUAUGCGGCGUUUGACCAGGACAAUAGUGGAGACAUCAGUAUAAAUGAGUUGACGUUGGCAAUGAGAAAUUUUGGCUUUAACAUUAGUGAGAAGAUUUUAACGAAAUUUGUUAAAAAGUACAAAAUUAAAUAUUCCUCGGGUGAAAAAAAGGUCAUCAAUGAAGAAAAACUUUCGGUGAAUUUUGAUAAUUUCAUACAGAUAUGUGUUACCGUAAAAGAUUUGACAGAUGUAUUUCGCACCUUGGAUGAAAAUGGUGACGGUUGGGCGAAGAUGAAUUAUAAUCAAUUCAUGGAACUUAUGAUCAAACAUAAAUAA